AUGACGUCGCGUCCGUCAACUACCGGCGGUUCCAGUACCGCGGACUCGGGACCGGCCACCGGGAGCCCCCCUAGUGCCGGCCCAGCCGAAACACCGACUCCUCUGAGUAGCACGACCGGAGCGACAACGCCUCCGCGUGCCGUGGCCCCGACGAGCAUCCAGUACUUACUUAACCCGGCGGCGGACCAGACCUUGACGCCGCUUCAGGUCGACGAUACUGAGGUUGCACGCCCCGCCGAAGACCAUGACUCGGCCUACGGCUCCGAUGCUGGUAGCACUUACACAGCCUCCAUAGCAUCCUCCAUCUUCCACUACCAGUACGAGAACGGUCGGAGAUACCACGCCUACCGCGAAGGACAAUACGUCCUACCCAACGACGACCAAGAGCAAGAACGCCUCGACUUGCAACACCACAUCUGGCGUCUCCUUCUCGGUGGCCAGCUCUACACCGCCCCGCUCCCCACCCCAGAGGAUCCGGCGGCAUCUGGUAUGAGGAUCCUCGACCUCGGCACGGGGACCGGAAUCUGGGCCAUUGAAAUGGCAGACGAGUUUCCCACAGCGGACGUCUACGGUGUCGACCUCUCACCCAUUCAGCCAGAAUGGGUCCCUACGAAUUGCAAGUUUCAUGUCGACGAUUACGAGGAUGAGUGGACAUACCGCGAGGAGGAGCAUUUCGACUACAUUCACGGCCGUGCGCUGAGCGGGACGUCCUCCGACUGGGCCAGGUUCUACAGCCGAGUCAUGGGCGGUCUGAAGCCGGGUGGAUGGGUUGAAAUGCAAGAAUAUGAUGCAUGGAUCUUCAGUGACGACGACAGCUAUGAGAGAGCGGCCUGGACGAAAGAAUGGGUCAACAAGCUGGACGAGGCGAGCAAGAUGUAUGGGAAGCAGAUCAACGUUGCAAGGCACCACAAACAAUGGAUGAUCGACGCUGGGUUUGAGGAUGUUCAGGAACUCGUCUACAGGAUACCCAUCGGUCCGUGGGCGAAAGAUCCAGCAUUGAAGGAGCUCGGUCGCUGCGAACUGGUUCACAUGCAAAUGUCUGUCGACUCUCACACUCCGGCCCUGUUCACUAGAGUGUUGAACUACUCUCAUGACCAGGCGAGAGUGCUGAUGGAGGGUGUCAAGCGAGAGUUCCGCAGCAAGGACUACAGGCUCAUUACGAGCUAUCGAUUUGUCACGGGACGAAAACCGUUAGCAUGA